CGUCACCUGGCUGGCAGGCUGGAGGAGGAGGAGGCGAAGGAGGAGGAGGAGGCUCGUGCGGUUUGAUCGUUGGCCAGGACGAGUUUGUUGCGUUUGGAGCUGCAGCCUCUCAGACACACCGUGUGACAGGCAGGCAGGCCGGGACAUUCCGGACUGAAAGGACGGACGGACGGCCUGGCACCUCGCUGCCGCCGUGGUCACGCGGAACCUGCGGAGCGAGAGGAGGGGACAUCAGAGAAGAAGAAGAAGAAGAAGGACGUAACGUAACGGACGGUGGUCGUUAACGAAAACUUCAGAUGGAGCAUUCGUCCAGUAACAACCGGUUUCGGUCCGCGAUGUUCAACCACGAGGAAGAGAACAUCACCCAACUCCCUGUUGUGUGUCGCCUCCUCAUCUGUGCUUCCUAACUUCAGUUUUCAGAGUGGAAUAUAACCUCAUUGUUCAUGGAGGACAGUGAACAUGACCCUCAGUCUUCCUCAGAUGAGCACGACUCCCCUAAUCAGGCUAGGCACCCUGAUGGACAGUUUUUCCAGCAUUCAAGCCAUUCAGAUGAUUCAGAAGUGGAGAACAUAAUGCAGGAGCCUCAGCAGCAGCAUGAGGAUCAUGGAGGUCAUGAGGCUGAUAGGGAGAAUGAGGGCCAGGACCGCCCACACACCCCGUCGUACCUGCGGCCCCCGGUUGCGGGUCGGGCCCAGUCAGACUCAGGUUCAGAGCCCAGCUUGACCCAGAGCAAAUGUGUGGCGUUUGACUUGCCGUCACCACUCAGUCCCUCCAGACCCAAGAGCCCCUGGUCUCUGUUUGACCCGUACAACAAUAAUGAGGACCAGGAUAAAGAGUAUGUGGGCUUUGCAACUCUGCCGAACCAGGUGCACCGCAAAUCUGUCAAGAAAGGCUUCGAUUUCACACUGAUGGUGGCAGGUGAGUCGGGCCUGGGAAAAUCUACUCUGGUUAACAGCCUGUUUCUGACCGAUCUAUACAAAGACAGGAAGCUGCUCAAUGCUGAAGGUGAGGAGAGCACAGACUCUACUGUAUUUGUUUUGGCACAUUUAGGGCUUGAAACUAAAGUUUCCUUCUUUCUUCUUGCAGAGCGAAUUACACAAACUGUGGAAAUCACCAAACACACAGUGGACAUAGAGGAGAAAGGAGUCAAACUGAAGCUCACGAUCGUGGACACCCCUGGGUUUGGUGACGCUGUAAACAACACUGAAUGUUGGAAGUCAGUGGCUGACUACAUCGACCAGCAGUUUGAGCAAUACUUCAGGGACGAGAGUGGACUCAACCGCAAGAACAUCCAGGACAACCGCGUUCACUGCUGCCUCUAUUUUAUUUCCCCCUUUGGCCAUGGCCUUCGACCUCUUGAUGUGGAGUUCAUGAAAGCUCUGCACGAGAAGGUCAACAUCGUCCCGGUGUUGGCUAAAGCUGACACGCUCACUCCGACUGAGGUCAAGAAGAAGAAAAUCAAGAUCAGAGAGGAGAUUGAGCAGUACGGAAUCAAAAUAUAUCAAUUCCCCGACUGCGACUCUGAUGAAGAUGAGGAGUUCAAGCAACAAGACCUUGAGUUGAAGGAAAGCAUUCCUUUUGCCGUCAUCGGUAGCAACACCGUGGUGGAGGCCAAAGGGAAAAGAGUGCGAGGCCGUCUCUACCCAUGGGGCAUCGUUGAAGUGGAGAAUUCGGCCCACUGUGACUUUGUGAAGCUCAGGAACAUGCUUGUUCGCACACACAUGCAAGACCUUAAAGAUGUGACCCGAGAGACUCACUACGAGAACUACAGAGCCCAGUGCAUCCAGAGCAUGACCCGCAUGGUCGUUAAGGAGCGCAACCGCAAUAAGCUAACCAGAGAGAGUGGCACCGACUUCCCCAUCCCCAUGGUGCCUGCGGUGACGGAGAGCGAAACAGAAAAGCUCAUCCGAGAGAAAGACGAGGAGCUGCGGCGGGUGAAGGAGAUGCUGCAGAGGUACCAGGACCAUUUGAUCACUCAGAAGGACGGCCACUAAGAACACUAUGCAUCCAAAACAAAACAAGAGGAGCACCCUGGAGUCUCUCUUCCACUUCCAAUUCAAACACAGCGCUGUGUGUCAUCCACAAAUGGACGUGAAAGAAGAUGAGCUAAUAUUGUGACCUUUGCAUCCGCUUUAUUUUCUCCAGAACUUUUUACAUUUGUGCCCUAAACCCCCCUUUGUCUGAUUGAUGAACAAAUCUGCCACAUAUCAACAUUUUUAUAUAACAUGAUCACACGCCUGUUUGGUUGUUGGUGCGUUUACAUCAACACAUCUGUUUAUUUCUUACUAGACCGAUUUGUAAAUAUGGUAUUUAAAUUUCUUUAUCACAUUCAUAAACUGACUAUUAUUUUUAUACUCCAAGUUGGAUUGAUGCAGAUGUACACUUCAUUUCUUUCUUUAAGAGCUGAAUCGACUUCCUCCUCGUGUACAUUUAAAUGUGUCUGCAUCCUUUGAAUAUCUGACAGCAUCAGGAUGCUUUUGGCUGAUGUGGUUGAUGGUUGGAGUUCACUCUGACCAGUAAUGCUUCCUCCUCGCAAUGUCUAUGUGCUUAAGGACAAACCUUUUAAAAUACACAAGUCGAUUUCUUUCAGGGCCAGAAUUUAGAAGAUAUGCAAGAUUCGCAAAGCAUGGGCUUCCAGAAGAGAGUAUUUAUUUUUACAAAACACUGAAAGUAAAAGUCAGAAUUUAAAGACCAGUUUUAUGUCUAUUUGUUCAUUUCUGGGGUUCAUUUUAUGUUUCAAAGAAACUUUAUCUGUUUUGGGUUUUUAUUUCUUUCUUCCAACAUGUUGUCCAAAAUGAUUUAUUGUCUGUAAAGAAGAAUUCCAGUCUCAUUUCCUGACCUAAAGUCUAUGUUUUCUUGACAGUUACUUUUAUUGUAAAACUGCUCUGACUUGUGUUGCUUCUGUUAAACAACAUUCCUGAGCUUUUAUUUGUGAGUCGGGCAAUACUUCUGUUUAUCAGUUAGUUUUACUUUAUUUUUGGUAUUCUGCAUUUUUGAAAAUAUUUAUGUAACAAAGUUUAAAGGAAAUGGUGUUAAGCAGGACAGCAUGUAAAGAUUCUAACGUUAUAAUAAAACGGGAAUACAAUUCUUUUCUCA